AUGGCUUUCAAAUAUUUUCAGUGGGCUAUUGCCCUUCCCUUUCUCCUCCAGCUCUGUGCAGCUCAGACGUAUAGCAGCUGCAAUCCUACAAAGAAGACUUGCUCGGCUGAUACGGGUCUGGAUAAGUACCGAUCCAGUAGUGACUUCACCUCUGGUGAUUCCGCGUUCAAUGACUGGAAUACCAGUGCUGGCACCGUGAGCAGCACCUCCCUCGGGGCCAAGUUCAGCAUUGCCAAGCAGGGUGAUGCUCCCACUAUCGAAAGCAACUUCUACAUCUUUUUCGGAUAUGUGGAAGUCAAGCUGCGCGCUGCCAACGGCACUGGUAUUGUCAGCACUGUAGUGCUUGAGUCGGAUGAUCUGGACGAGAUUGACUGGGAGCAACUUGGUGCAUACGACAACCAAAUCCAAACCGACUACUUCGGCAAAGGCAACACUACCUCCUACGACCGUGCAACCACCGUCAGUGUUUCCUCCCCUGAAGAGACCUUCCACACCUACGCCGUCGACUGGACGUCCAGCAAAAUCGACUGGCUCCUGGAUGGCAAUGUAGUGCGCACGCUCAACUACGCCGAUGCCGUCGGUGGCUCCAACUUUCCUCAGACUCCCAUGCGUAUUCGCAUCGGCAUUUGGGCGGGUGGCGACCCGGAUAAUGCGGAGGGAACGAUCGAGUGA